AUGAAUGAUAAUUUCAAUCAGAUUUCCAAAGAUAUUGUUGUUAAAGAAGUAAAAUCAGAUAUAGAUCAUGAAUCAUUAAUCGAAGUUCUAAAUGUUAAGUUAACAAUACAUGAUGAUGUAAUCGAUGAUACGACAAAGAAUGAAAAACCGAAACAAAGAAUUUUAGUUUGUGUCGGGGUGCCAGGAUCCGGUAAAUCAACUUUUUCUAAAAAAUUAUGUAAAGUCGACAAUAAUUGGUAUAGAAUAAAUCAAGAUGAUUUAGGAAGUCGAAGAGCAUGUGAAAACAUUUCAAGACUUCAAAUCAAUAAGGGAAAAAAUGUAAUAGUGGACAGAUGUAAUUUUGACAAACAACAACGUAAAACAUGGGUAGAUUUAGCAAUUCAAUUUAAUUUAACAAUCGAUGCAAUAAUAUUGGAUACAUCAUAUGAAAUUUGCGAGAAACGGAUAUGGAAUAGAGAAAAUCAUCCUACUAAUGUACAGGGUAGAAAAGGGUUAGAAAUUUUAGAAAAUUUUAAACAGAUUUACACAUCUCCUGAUUAUAAUGAAGGUUUUGAAAGAAUUUUAAGAGUUAAACCUCAUGAUAUUCAUGAAUGUAAUGAUAAUGAUGUUAAAGAAGUUAUGGAAAAACUUGAUAAUAUUCCAAAGAGAGUUGUUGAAAGGAUACGGGGAAGAGGAGGAAGUCGUGGGAAAGCAAUGUAUUCACAUGGCGAGAAUGCUGGUAUGUAUCGUGGUGGCAAUCGUGGUGGAAAUCGUGGUGGAAAUCCGCGUGGUAGCGGUGGUAAUAGAGGAUGGUGA